AUGACAAACAACACCACCAAGAUCUCUGCGCUGGAAGCUACAGUGUCGAAACUGGGGGAGGAUUUUGAAGCUACCAGGAAGGAAAACGCCCAGCAGUUCAGCGACAUCUUGAAGGCUAUUGGGAAUCUCACGACCACUUUGGAGGGACAGAAGUCAAACAAAGGACCUGCGUUUGAAUUCGGAUCAUUCAAUUCUGAUGAUGAUGCAUCGGGGUGGAAACCUCCCAAAAACAACGACAGGAACAAAGGAGCGGGGAGAUUGGGUUGGGAAUUUCGAAAACUCAAAGCACCAAUUUUCGAAGGGGAAGAUGUGUACGGUUGGAUUUAUCGGGUGGAACGCUUCUUCGAGGUUCAAGGGAUUGACGAGAAGGACCAGUUAAGGGCGGCAACAAUUUGUUUGGACGGGUCGACAUUGUUAUGGUACAGGUGGAAUGAAGCGCGAACUCCGUGUGCUACAUGGGCGGAUCUAAAACAACAACUGCUGGAACGGUUCCAACCAUCACAGGAGGGAAGUUUGUAUGAACAAUUUCUGACGAUUCAGCAGGAAGGAACGGCUCGCGAUUACGUUUGUCUCUUUGAAAGGUUAGCAGGACAGUUGACCGACAUACCAGAAAAGGUUCUAGAAGGCAGUUUCAUCAAGGGGCUGAAGCCAGAAUUACGUUCUACAGUUAGAAUUAUGGAACCUGAGAGCCUAGCCAGAGCCAUGCGGAUCGCUAUAAUGCUUGAUGACAAUAAAGCUACAGGAGGGGCUAAGACUGGAGGAGGCACAAACCCACAGUGA